AUGGAGUCACCAGAAACCAGCAGCGGUGUUCACCUGGCUGCAUACAGACCCACACUUCCUCCGUCAGUAGUCAAUGCGAAGGCAACAGCUGGAGGGUUUGAUGAGUCGGGCUACUAUCACUGCUAUGGUGAUGGGAGCAGUGUAGCAUCUCAUGGAUCUGAUGCUCUAACUGGCUAUGAGACUCUGGACGCCCCGCCACACUAUGACUUCUACGCCAACACAGAGGUGUUCGGCCGACAGAGGCGCUUCAGGCCAUCUCUGUACCAGCUGUAUGCCAACCCUGAGGUUGAUUCCAGACCUCCGUUGUAUGAGGAGACAACAGCUGAACAGACAAGAGGAGAAGACAGCUCAGAGGAAGGCGAGGAGGAGCAGGAGGAGCAGAAGGAGCCACCACCUGAACCUCCCCGCUUUGGCUGGGUACAGGGAGUCAUGAUCCGUUGCAUGUUAAACAUCUGGGGGGUGAUCUUGUACUUGAGGUUGCCUUGGAUCACUGCUCAAGCUGGUAUCGGUCUGACCUGGGUGAUUAUCCUGCUGUCCUCCUGUAUAACUGGGAUCACUGGUCUCUCAACCUCAGCCAUCGCUACCAAUGGCAAGGUCAAAGGAGGUGGAACUUACUUUCUGAUCAGUCGCAGCCUCGGUCCAGAGCUGGGUGGGUCCAUUGGUCUGAUCUUUGCUUUUGCCAAUGCUGUAGCUGUGGCCAUGCACACUGUGGGCUUUGCUGAGACCGUUACAGACCUCAUGUAUGAGAAUGGAGCUGUCAUGGUGGACCGAAUCAAUGACAUCCGCAUCAUUGGCAUCAUUACAGUCACAUGUCUACUGGGUAUCUCACUGGCUGGCAUGACGUGGGAGUCAAAGGCGCAGGUUUUGUUCUUCCUGGUCAUCAUGGUGUCAUUUGUCAGUUACGUUGUUGGAACGAUCACUCCUGCUUCACCACAGAAACAAGCCAAGGGUUUCUUCAGCUACAGAGCUGAUAUCUUUGCUGCCAACUUUGUACCUGGCUGGCGGGGACCAGAGGGCAGUUUCUUUGGCAUGUUCUCCAUUUUCUUCCCCUCCGCCACCGGCAUUCUGGCAGGAGCUAACAUCUCAGGAGAUCUGAAGAAUCCAACAGUGGCAAUCCCCAAAGGAACACUAAUGGCAAUAUUCUGGACCACCAUUUCUUACCUCAUCAUCUCUGCAACCAUAGGAUCUUGUGUGUUGCGGGAUGCGUCUGGCCUGUUAAACGACACCCUGUCACCGUCCUCAUCCCGUCAGGAUUGUGUUGGUUUAGCUUGUCAAUAUGGAUGGGACUUCACUGAGUGUAUCAAUAACACAUGCACCUAUGGCAUCAGUAAUUACUAUCAGUCGAUGAGCCUGGUGUCAGCUUUCGCCCCUCUCAUCACUGCUGGUAUAUUUGGAGCGACACUCUCUUCUGCUUUGGCCUGCCUGGUGUCUGCUCCCAAGGUCUUCCAGUGUCUGUGUAAGGACAAACUCUACCCUCUCAUCGGCAUCUUUGGGAAAGGUUACGGCAAGAAUGAUGAACCGCUCAGAGGCUACCUGCUAACGUACAUCAUCGCUGCCUGCUUCAUUCUCAUUGCCGAGUUGAACACCAUCGCUCCCAUCAUCUCCAACUUCUUCCUCUGCUCAUACUCUCUUAUCAACUUCAGCUGCUUCCAUGCCUCAAUCACCAACUCACCAGGUUGGCGUCCAUCCUUCAGGUUCUACAGUAAGUGGCUGUCGUUGCUGGGCGCUGUGGUUUGUGUAGUUAUCAUGUUCUUGCUGACUUGGUGGGCAGCCCUCAUUGCCUUUGGCGUCGUCUUCCUCCUUUUGGGAUACACACUCUACAAGAAGCCUGCUGUAAACUGGGGCUCCUCAGUUCAGGCAAGCUCCUACAACAUUGCUCUGAGCCAGUGUGUCGGUCUCAACCAUGUGGAGGACCAUGUCAAGAACUACAGACCCCAGUGUUUGGUGCUAACAGGUCCUCCCAGCAGUCGUCCAGCUCUGGUGGAUCUUGUCACCUGUUUCACAAAGGAUCUUAGUCUCAUGAUUUGUGGCAAUGUAGUCACCGCUGGUUCCUCCCAAUCAGCAGUGGAAAAGGCGAGCAGCGACAGUCAUGUUACCUGGUUGAACCAACGGAGGGUCAAGUCAUUCUACAGAGGUGUGGUGGCUACAGAGCUUCGAUCAGGAGUCAACAUGCUGCUACAGGGGGCAGGUUUGGGUCGUAUUAAGCCAAAUGUUUUACUGAUGGGAUUCAAGAAAGGCUGCUGCAGUGAAACACCUCAGGCUGCACACAACUACAUCGGAAUACUACAUGAUGCAUUCGACCUGCAGUACGGCGUGUGCAUACUGAGACUGAAGGAGGCACUGGAUGUCUCUCGUUCAUUUCAAUCAGAUGUUAAUCCAGGUUUAGAUGGACGAGAGGAGAGUAUAAACACCGUUUCUGCCCCUUCCCGCCUACAAACAACAAAUACAUCUUCGGUCCCCGUUGAAGCAGAGCCUCAGCAUAGUACGGUGUUCCAGAAAAAACAAGGAAAGAAAACCAUCGAUGUGUACUGGCUGUCUGAUGAUGGAGGUCUGACCCUGCUGCUGCCCUACCUGCUGACUCGGAGGAAGCGUUGGGCCAGAUGUAAGGUCCGCGUGUUUGUGGGGGGAGAUGCAGACAAAAGGGAAGAGCAGAGAGAGGAGGUGUUGGCACUGAUCAAGAAGUUUCGUCUUGGUUUCCAUGAUGUUGAAGUGCUUCCUGACAUCUACCAGAACCCCCAGCCUGCAAGUGUUCAUCGGUUUGAGAACAUGGUGGGUCGCUUCAGACUGGAUACAAAUCCCAAACAGGACUCUGAUUCUGGGCCACCAGGACAGCAGGCGGAGCAGUGGAUGAUCACCGACCAGGAUUUAGAGAGGAACAAGGCCAAGUCUCUCCGUCAAAUUCGUCUAAAUGAGGUUCUGCAGGAUUACUCCAGAGAAGCUGCUCUGAUUGUGAUCACCAUGCCAGUAGGGAUGAGAGGAGUGUGUCCCAAUACUCUCUACCUGGCGUGGUUGGACUUCUUGUCACAUGAUCUGAGACCUCCAGUCAUGUUGGUCCGAGGAAACCAGGAAAAUGUCCUCACCUUCUACUGCCAAUGAGAUGUCUCCUUGAGACCAAUAAUCAGAUACUGACUCAUUAACUCACCAACAUGAUAUUUCAUCUUGAUUUAGACAUGUCAAUGCCUUGAUGACUGUUGAUCAUCUAAUCCUGUAAUUAAUGUAUGAUUCAUGUGUCAUGUAAUUACAAUGUUCUGGGCCUUUAAUU